AUGUAUGCGGAUAUCAGCAAGCCCCCUGCGCCACUGCCAAAGGCUGAACCACAGUGCAUCAGCGAGGGCGUCACGUUGCUGCCGCCGCUCUCGCGCCGAGGCUACGGAAAGGGCCUCAUUAUACUGCAACAUGAUUCGACGCAACACCUGGACAUUGUCGAAGGAGUACCCUCUGCUCUCAUCAAGUGGGCGGAAGAGGGUUUCGUCGUGGUGGAGAUCCAAGCCAAGGCGUUGACUAAUCCGAGCCUUGCCACAGAUGUCUUACAGACUGCUUUGAAAGCACUGAAAGACUGCAGCAAGCUGGAGAAAGAUAGCAGGUUCGGAGUUGUCGCGUUUGACCCAACGUUAUGGAAUAAGAUUGCUGGGGUGGCUUGCAUCUUCCCAGAUAUUGUGGGAGCUGUUGUAUAUGCAGAUUCCAGCGAUGAGAAUACCCUCGAGAAAUCCAAAAUCCCCAUGCUGUGUCACCUUGCUGGUGGCCAAGCACCGUCUGAGACAAAAAAGACCGAGGGCAUCACCACGUAUCGAUACGCAAAGGCUAAGUCAUUCAGGCUUGCGACGCCAUUUCAUGAAGAUUUCGAUUACUGGUCAGAGUCUCUGUCUCACACCAGAAACUUGACAUUUCUCAAGUCGCUUAUUGGCGGGCCUUAUUUCGAUCUUGAGGCCAUCUGGGAUGAGCAUACAUACUAUGAGUUCGCGGACCGCUCUGUUGAGCAUACCAUGAGCACAAUGGUUGAUCAACCAUAUGUGAACCAUGUCCCCACAACUAACUAA